GACAUUCUACUGUUAGACACCGCGUUCGGUAUCGACGAGGUUGUUAUUGUCCACCAUACCGAUUGUGGGUCUCUAAAAUUCACCAACGAAGAGUUGCGUGAGCGUACGAAGGCACGAGUAGACAAGGCUCAUUGGGAGGAGAUUGAAGACAUCGACUGGGGUGCUAAUACAGAUGUUAAAGGCGACCUGGAGUGGCUGCGUGGCAACAAGGUUAUCAGGCAAGAGAUUAAGAGCACUGCUAGAGGCUUCCUCUUUGAUUUAAAA